AUGGGAAAUGUGUUGAAAGAGAAGUAUAAUAUGGACACAACCAAUAUGCGAAUGUAUAGGGCAAGAUGGAGAGCCAGGGAAGAAACUGAUGGGAGUCAUACAAUGUCAUUUAAUAAGUUGAAAAUAUAUGGGGAUAUGAUAAUGGCAAAAAACUCUGGUAAUUCAUUUGUGAUCCAAUACCAGAAUGCAAAUAAUUAUGGAGAGAUGGAUGCAUAUGGGGUGGUUAGAGUAAAUCCACAGUUCAAGCGUAUGUUUAUAUGCUUUGAUGCAUGCAUACAAGGAUUUUUAAAGGGAUGUAGGCCAUUCAUAGGCCUUGAUGGUUGUCAUCUGAAAGGUGUAUAUGGUGGAGUCUUAGUUUCUGCAGUUUCAGUUGAUGGAAACAAUAGAAUAUUUUCAAUUGCAUAUGGAGUUGUAGAAUCUGAAGGAAAGGACAGUUGGCUACAUGAGUCCAUUGAGAGAUGCAAAGACAGAUCCAUUGGAGUAAUAGCCCCUACUAUACCACUCACAUUUAUGACAGACAAACAAAAGGGUCUUAUUGAAGCAAUUUCAACCAUUUUCCCACAAGCAAACCAUAGACACUGUAGCAGACAUUUACACAAUAAUUUCAAGAAAGUGUUUGGAGGUAUGAAAGCAGAAAGGAAUGAUGCAUAUGAUUGGUUGAUGAAGACCCCAAUUAGUAUGUGGAGUCGACAUGCAUUUGUUCACAGAGCCAAGAGUGAUCAUAUAACCAACAAUAUGACUGAGUCAUUCAACCAGUGGGUUGGACCCUGCAAGGACAAGUCAGUCCUUACCUUAAUCGAUGAAAUCAGAUCUAAGUUGAUGGGUACAUUACAAAAAAGGUUUGCAAAGGCUUGUAAUUUUGAAGAUGUCAUUACUUCAAGAAUGAAGAAAAAACUUGAUGGUUUCCAAAAAAAUGUGAGGUAUUGUAGACCAACAUAUUGUGGAAGAGAUAAGUAUGAGGUACAGGAUCAAAGUGUUAGGUAUGUGGUGGACAUGGAAAAUAACAUAUGUGAGUGUGGGAUCUACAUAGCAACUAGAUUGCCAUGUAAACAUGUAGGAGCAUGCAUUCAAUUUAAUAGGGUACCUCUUCUACAAUACUGUGCUUCAUACUACACAACAAAGAGGUAUCUAAUGGUUCAUGAGGCAAUGAUUGAUCCAAUGUAUGAUCUCAGCACUUUAGAAGAAAAAUUCCUACUUCUUCCACCAUUCAAGAGGUCAAUUGGCAGACCAAAUAAGUUAAGGAAGAGAGAACCAGAUGAGGUACCUAAAGGAGACACUAGGAAGAGGUCUAGCACUGUAUGGUGCAGUAAAUGCAACUCUUUUGAUCAUAAUAGGAGGACAUGCACAGGACCUCCAGUUAAUGAGAAGAGGCCAUCCUCAUCUCAGAAGAAGAGGAAAGCAAGGAGUGAUGAACCUGAUGAUAUAACAUCCUCUUAG